CUCUCUCUCUCUCUCUCUCUCUCUCUCGCGGGCUAUCGACGCACCAACCUCCUGCAACCGUCGAAUUGCGAGCGAGCGAGCGAGCGCGCGUGCGAUCUGCAGCUUCGGCAUCCCCGCCAUGGACGACGGCCGCUCCGACUCGAACGAUCCGUUCCUUCGCAAUUACCAGCAGUCCGAUCUCCGGAUCGCCUCGGAGUUCCUCACGACUUGGCUUCCUUUCCUCUCCAGAGAUCUCUGCUCCGACUGCACCAAAACCCUCUCUGAUCGCAUCCGGUCUCUCGACUCAGAAGUUGAUGGAGAGGCAAAAUUCGCAAAAUCGGAGGAGAAUCCAUUGUCUCCAAAUUUCAAGGGAGAGCAUGGGAUCAAUGAGAACAACAUUAACAGCAGCAAUUUAGGAGAGAGCGAGGAUGACGAGGGCGAGACGAAUUCUUUAGGGAGUUGGAAGGAUGGGGCACAGGAGUGCCUCGAGAGCACUCCAGAAGCCUCCAAUAGUAGUUUGGCUCAUGGAUCUCCUGCCAUUGAGACUCGGAGUUCGCAUAUGUCUUGGGCAGACAUGGCUCAGGAAGAUGAGCUUGAAGAGGAAGAUGAUCAGCAAUCCAACAAGCACUCGGUUGAUAUGAAUGGGUCAGCUGAAGAAUUCAGGGUAUCUGCCAUUUCAGAGAAGCCGAAAUUGCCCAGGGAACAAAGAGAGAACAUACGGUUUAUGAAUGUAACGAGGAAGAAGGAUUUUAUAUGUCUAGAGAGAGUCGACGGGAAGCUUGUGAAUAUUCUAGAGGGACUUGAGCUCCACACUGGUGUUUUCAGCGCUGCAGAGCAAAAGAGAAUAGUUGACUAUGUAUAUCAGCUUGAGGACAUGGGCAAAAGGGGAGAUUUGAAAGAGCGGACAUACACAGCACCACAAAAAUGGAUGAGGGGAAAGGGACGCGUCACUAUUCAAUUUGGUUGCUGUUACAAUUAUGCCAUGGAUAGAAAUGGAAAUCCACCAGGAAUUCUUCAGACUGAGAUGGUUGAUCCCUUGCCUCACCUUUUUAAGGUUAUCAUAAGAAGAUUGAUUAGGUGGCACGUAUUACCUCCAAUGUGCAUACCUGACAGUUGCAUUGUCAAUAUUUACCAAGAAGGGGACUGCAUACCUCCACACAUAGACAACCACGAUUUCAUCCGGCCAUUCUGCACCGUGUCAUUUCUUAGCGAGUGUGACAUUGUUUUUGGAUCAAAGCUGAAGGCUAUUGCUGCUGGUGAGUUUGCUGGGUCUUAUGCAGUUCCCCUUCCAGUGGGAUCUGUUCUCGUCUUAAAUGGAAAUGGGGCUGAUGUGGCGAAGCAUUGUGUUCCCGCAGUCCCUACAAAGAGGAUAUCAAUCACGUUUAGGAGAAUGGAUGAAUCUAAAAGGCCCAAAGAUUAUGUUCCAGAACCUGAUUUGCAGGGAAUUCAGCCAUUGCAAUAUGAAGUGGAAAGAUUUAAGAGGUCGAAUUCGUACAAAACAGACCGAUAUUCAAGAAGGUAUCCGGCUAGGAGAGAGGCUUACAACGGUUCAAGGGGAUACAUGGAGAGAAAUGACCCUCGUUCAGAGCCUCACUAUUCGAUUCAAGUUCGCCGAGGGCCUGCAAGUAGACGAAGGGUCAGGGUAAUUGUGGACAGCUAAUGGCUGCAUCUUUGUUGAUGCCCUGUUAAUUGUCGGUUGAGUUAAUACACAGUUGAGAGGAAUGGUCCAUUUGGACCAUCAUCAAUCCGGAUUUGUGGUUGACGUAUGGUUUCGUGGUCUUUCUACCUGGUAAGGUCACUUUUUAAGUUCCCAUUUUCAGUAUCUGAGGAUCUAAUGGACGCCAUCAUGUCUCUUUUGCCGUGUGGUACAAAACUUUGAGAUUCUUUAAGUGGAGAUCAAAAUGUGGCAACACAUCUGGGAAUAAAUACAUUUGUAUAUCAGAUUGAGUGUGCACAUAUGCGAGCUGCAAUUUUUCUGCAAGUCAUGGAUGGCCUGGGUCGACAUCAGUAGGUAUCAGAGUUAUGGGAGCAUUUGCAACUCUGCACAGCCUUUAGCUUGAUGUAUGUUUGCAUAAGAUACUUGGAAGCCAUGUUCAUUUUAGAUGUGGAAAGAUUUGGUGAUUGUAUCGGCUAUGACAUGAUUUCAUUUUGAAUUUUUUCCCUGCCUUUUUUAGUUA